AUGCUUGUUCUAAUUGCAGGAAUUACGGGGAGCUUGGGUCAGCGCCUAGCACAGGAGGCUUUGUCACGGGGGCAGUCGGUCCGAGGCCUGGGCCGUGAUCCAAACAAACUUCCCCCUCAGAUCCUUGAGAUGCUAGAAUCGUAUGUGCAAAGCAGUUCCUACUACGACAUUUCUGCUCUCGAAACCGCGGUUGAUGGCGUCGAUGCGAUCAUUUGUGCAUACGCACCCCAGCCUGAGUUAGAUAUGGAAGGCCAGUUAUUGCUGUUGCGCGCCGCCGAAAGAGCAAACAUCAAGACUUUCAUCGCGCAAUCAUGGAACAACGACUGGACCAAGAUCAAAUAUGGAGACCUCGAACCCUACGACAUCCACAUCGCUUUUUACAGGCACGUUGAGAUGACGAGCAGUAUCAAGCCUGUCUAUCUAUUUACUGGGGCCUUUGCCGAUCUCCUUUAUACGCCGUUUGGGCCUGGAGGCUUUGAUACGAGCGGCCCCAUGCCCAAGCUCUGCUACUGGGCGGAUGGAAACACGAAGAAAUAUCCUUGGACGACCCAGGAUGACGCUGCGGCGUUCACUAUCGAGGUCCUACUCAACGGUGCCGGCGUUCGGGAAGGACAUGGGGGCCUUUUCAGCUUCUACUCUGGGUUGCAUACUAUUCAGGAAUUCGCAGCAGCCUAUGCGAGGGUCAGCGGAAGUAUGGUCGAGGUUGUCAGCAAGGGAACUGCCGAAAAUCUAGAGGCUGAGCUUGUCAAACAGCGCCGUACAAAGCAUCCAUCUAAGUACUUUGAAUGGGUUCCCUUGGCUUUCGCUCUGCUGUCAAUCAGGGGCGUCUGGAAAGUGGAGAAUCCAAUUCCGCUGGAACACAUUCGGAAGUCAACUACGCUGGAGGAAUACCUAAAGGAACGCCUCAAUGUAGGCUAG